ACUAUGACUCAUUUGUUCCCAUUGGAAACGACAGGCUGUGGUCUAUCUUGGAUUAGUUAGCUAGUUGUUUAGCCGUCGUCGUUUUUAUUGAUAAAACACUGUUAUUUUGACACAAUUUAUGUCGCCAACCUAUCAUCUGUAAUUUCAUAAGUGCACGCUCGCGAAAAGAAAGAAAGCAACCACGAAGAUAUGGAGGUUGAUUUUCCCGAGCAAGACGCUAGCAGCACGGACGAAGAAGACACUAUCAGCUCUUCUGUAUCUGAAGAUGGAGACAGCUCGGAGAUGGACGAUGAGGACUGCGAGAGGAGACGAAUUGAAUGCAUGGACGAGAUGACUACCCUCGAGAAGCAAUUCGGCGACUUGAAAGAACAGCUGUACAAGGAGAGGCUCUGUCAGUUGGACAUAAAGCUACAGGAGGUCAUAGCAGGCUGUGCCCAAGAGUAUCUGGAACCACUUGCCAACCUACAGGAGAAUAUGCAGAUCAGGACUAAAGUGGGCGGAAUCUACAGAGAGCUGUGUCUGGAGUCUGUGAAGAACAAGUACGACUGUGAGAUCCAGGCUGCCUGCCAACACUGGGAGAGUGAAAAGCUGUUGCUGUUUGACACGGUGCAGAGUGAGUUAGAGGAGAAGAUCAGACGCCUGGAGGAGGACAGACACAGUAUCGACAUCACCUCAGAACUAUGGAAUGAUGGUUUACAUUCACGGAAGAACAAGAAGAAGGAUCCCUUCUGCCCUGCCAAGAUAAAGAAGCCUGUGGUCGUCUCAGGUCCAUAUAUUAUUUAUAUGUUGCAAGACCUCGAUAUACUUGAAGACUGGACAGCAAUACGAAAGGCACCACAGGCGCUGGCGACGUUCGGGCCGCACAGGGUCAAGGUUGAUGUCCCUACCAAGGCUGACAGACACCACCAUGUGGCGAGGUCUGAGGAGGGCAGACUGUUCUAUGACAGCCAGUGGUACUGCAGAGGACAGGCCUUGUGUAUCAAUAGGAAGGACGAACACCCUACCAGUGCCAUAAUAACCACCAUAAACCAUGACGAGGUGUGGUUCAAACGGCUUGACGGCAGCAAGUCCAAACUCUACAUCUCUCAGCUGCAGAAAGGCAAAUACACCAUCAAACACUCCUAAUGUCCCUAACAGCCUGCCAUACUCUCUCACCUUGGAUAACAGAUGAUGAACUCCAGUGCCAUAAAAUAUCCUCUCCCUUAUGUCAGUGGACUUAACCAACCCUGGUCAUGUAGAGCUACAGGUCAGGGUGUGUAGGGUUGGUGACUAACUAAUGCUCUCUGUAAGUAUGUAUGUUAAUAAAUCUGCGAGGCCAGCAAGUGUCAUUACUUCUCUCUAAACUGGAAGCGAGAGGAGCAAGUGCUGCUACAAAAGGGCUAAGUUGCUGGUUGUGAGCGGUGGUGGUGUGCCUUUUUAACAAGACGAUGCCUACAGUCUUGAACUAACUCAAUGCAGUGAGGCCUUAGCUCCUCUGGCCGGUGAGAACAGGACGAGACGAGGAUCAAGUCAAAGCGUUGGUUGUGACUGGAUGGAUGGAGAAAAAACCUUGCCCUAAUUAUGUGUUUUCUUCACUGUGAGUCCCCCGCCUCUUGUAGUAUUCCCUCUAAAGUCUGUCUGUGUCAUCUUCCAUUUAUUUGUUACUAUUCUGAGAAACACAGCUCUCUCUUUCUUCUCUUUCUCCCUGCCCUCAAGGGGACAUGAUACCAUUUUCACCUAACCAAUGCUGUCAGAUAUGUUAUCAAUUCAAGGAAGGAAAGAUUGAUGUUUACUAUAUUUUAGCAUGGCCAAUGUCAGGAGAGAUGGGUCAAAAUGUCCAUGCAAUCCCACUCUUUUGCACAUUAUUGGAUAUCGUGGGAAAACGUUUCGUUGUCUGUGUAUAUAAGUACCAACUGCCAACAGUUUUGCAUUUUAAAGGAUUCUCAACAUGAUAUUAUGAAUUGUGUAGAUGUUACAUACUGUAUAUGUUGGGAGCAUUUGCUGUUGUUUUUUUUCGCAGCCUAUGAAGAAUGCUACUUUGGUCCGUCUGAGUACGAUCAGACCAAAUGUUUCAGUGCCAUCAAUUGAAAUGUAGUCCUGUUGUUGUCUUGAGUUUUUAUUUGUAAAGUUUGGAUUUUUAUUUUUUAUUUUUUAUUUUUUUGUAGAAAAUGAACGCUCAGCCUCUACACUACCUUUUUAUUUUCAUAUCAUGCGGGAGGAACAUAUUAAUAAAAUGUCAUAGUCCCUAUCAUCAUGUACAGCAAAUUAAAUAUGUCAUUUUGUAGUAAACAUGUCACUUGCCUUAGUUUGUAAAGAUUGUAGACCCUUGAAGCGAUCCUAUAGAAAGAACUGGAUUUACAGCCUUUGAUUAAAGCAAAAUAGUCUGUGUGGAA